AUGCAGAUCACUGCCUGUCUCUCCCUCCUCGUGCUGGCAUCAUCCCAGCUCGUGGCCGGCCAGCUCCUUGGCCGCUCCUGCGGGUUCAAAAUCGCCCCCUGCCCCAACGACAUGUACUGUAAGCCCGACUCGGACACAUGUACCGACUUGAACCGUUGCCCAGGCUGGUGCGACUGGAAGAACGUAUACCCCUCCUGCGGUGGCUUCCGCGUCAACCCCGGGCCGCCCCCAUGCGACGAGACUACCGAGAAGUGCAAGGAUGACCCCAGAAACCCGAAUAGCUGUGGGAUGGCGUGCGACGCGCCUGGAAUAUGCGUGCCCAACAAGCAGCCCAGAUGUAAUCCCCGCAACCCGCGAGGUUGCCCGAGGGGGUUGUUCUGUUAUUCUACCAAGGGGAGGGGGGUGGGCUGGUUAGAUAUCAACUACAAGGAUAGGGAUUUGGAGGAAGACGCAACCACGGAGGACUCUCGGUGGGCUGGCAUUUGUCUCUGA